AUGGUCCACAUCGGAGAGCUGCCCGAAGACAUCCUGCUGGAGCUUCUCUCUCUGGUCCCCGGCAGGGACCUGAUCCGCAAGUGCCGGCUGGUUUGCGCGCAGUGGCGAUACCUGGUGGAUCAGGCCACCCUGUGGAAACGCAAGUGCCAGAGAGAGGGCUACCUGCCCAAGGGGCAGGACAGGAGCCUCCCGGACUGGAAAACCUUCUACUUCCUCUGUAUCCUGAAGAGGAACUUAAUCAGAAAUCCUCUUGCUGAAGAUGGUUUUAACCACUGGGAAAUCGUCUCCAGUGAAGGGGAUGAGUGGAAGGUCGAAGAUUUGCCCGGUGCUCACGGGAGAGAAUUUCCUCAUCCACAUGUUAAGAAAUAUUUUGUCACGUCUUUCGGGCUCUGCAUGAAGCGUCAAAUCAUUGAGUUAAAAAAAGAAGGCUACUGGGAGGAGCUGAUGGACGAGACCAAGCCGGAUAUCGUGGUGAAGGAUUGGUACGCUGCCCGGUAUGAUUGCGGCUGCCUCUACAAGCUGAACGUCAAGCUGCUGUCUGAAAACUACAUUGUCCUGGAAGAGUUUGACCCGGACGAUGUGACGAUAGAGCAGUGGAGCGAUGCAGAAUGGCGUGAGGUUUUGCACACUUUUCACAACUACCCAUCUGGUGUUCGCUACAUCCUUUUCUGUCAUGGAGGCCGAGAUACUCAGUUUUGGGCAGGCUGGUACGGCAUCCGCGUAACCAACAGCAGUAUCACUAUUGGCCCAGAGGUAGCCUCAUAA